AUGCAGGUGUUGAUCAACGGUUUCAAAGGCCCGAUCUCAGUAACACCUACAUAUCCCAAUGAUUUGACAUCUUCCCUGCCGCUCGAGCCGACCACACCAGCUCGCAUGGAGUCCCCUGCGGUCGCGGCGAUGGGGAACACGAAGAGAAGACAGACGCUCAUGACAUUGCUCGAUGCUUUGAACGAGCUGAGUAAAGAUGACGCGCUCACAGAGCAUGACAUGGAUCAGCAACCCAGCUUCGAGGAUGACCGCGACGUUCCGACCGUUGACGAACAUAACCAAAAAGUCGGGGCAGACUCGUUCAAUAGAUUUCAAAGACGUAUGGACAGUCUGGAUAAAGAGCUGCGGAAUUUCUCCAACGCGGCGCGCCAGCUGGGCAGCUCUGUUGGCAUCCUGUCAUCCGCUUACGGCCUCCGGUACCGGUUGACCCAAAUCUCUUAUCUAUUCCGCGAGAAUGCGGCCGACCUCUUUCCUCGCAAGGUCUCGCGGCAGAAAGACACCGUCGUCAGUAACCAGACGAUAUCGCUGAGGAAGCGGACCAGAAAGUCAAAGCCUCCGCCGCACGUCCGCAGGCCGAUGAUCUUUGGCGAACUCGAUCCAGAGGAUUUCCCAAAACAGAUUGGGGACCUCGCUCACGAUGUGGUGACUUUCCUGCACUGCUUGAACGAAUUCCCUGAGUUUACAGACGAAGCUGUGAACGCCUCGAUCAUCUCGUUUGAGGGUGACCUCAAGUACUGGGCAUCUUGCCUGAAAGCAUAUGAAGGCCAGUUUCGCUAUCCUGCCGUCCAACGAUAUCUGCAUGACCUAUCCGUAGAAAUGGGAGACCAUCUAGAUUCUAUUACGACAUCUUUAUCGAUGUUCAUCGAAAUCGGUGUCCCCACAAUUCGCUUCGCACAAAAGCACGGAGCUAGUAAUCUCCUUAAUCUAUCUACAGUAGCUACAUUCUUCUCAGCUGUCACUGCAACAACCUUGCAGUUUUCCUAUGCUACGGUCGGUAAUGUCUUGGCCGACAGCGUCAAUGCGUUCUGGUUCACUUCCAUGGUAUUCAGCAUUGCUGCAGCAGUCAACAGCUUGCUCGGACUGACAUGGAAACAAGCGAUGUACUUUGGUCUGGCAGCAGUGUCGGCAUGGUUCGCGUCCGAACGGUGGAUCUUCAGCCGCCACAAGGGCACAAAAUGGCUACAAGACUCUCUCGAUGAUGUAUGGGACGCCAUGACAUCCAUCCCUCCCAUCCCUUGGCUCUCAGAGAUCGUGCCCGCUUUCUUCCACUUGAUUUUGUCCGCUCUCAGCAUCGUUCUCUCCCGCACGCGCAAAGCUGCGCUCGGGGCGAGCUCGACGCUCACGAACCUUUUCACCGGUCCCUCUGAGGCAUCGGACACGCUAGAGGAGGACGAAAAUUCGCUUCCAAGCGGCAGCUUGGCCAGCCCCGAGCCGCUCUUCACCGCCUUUCGAAAUCGGCGCGGGUCAGAAGGCACGCAGGUCACUUCCGCAGGCCACGGCGAAUCCAAAUCGCCCGCGAGCCCAAGCACGAUAGACUUCUCGAUACCGGAGAAAGGAGGCCCGGUCAGCGCGCCGGCGUCGCCGGGGCGAGGGCGGUUCGCCAAUGCCGUGCGCUCGGUGAUGAUGAUGCGCGCGGCGUCUGGCGGGCUCGCGUCUCCCCAUCGGAAGCGCACGAUGUCGUCGUCGAUGAUAUUGCCGGACAGGAGGAAGGAGACAAUGCAUGCGCCGCUCAAGAGGUCGCGCGUAGCGGCAUUGGUCCCGCAGCUGCAGAAGUUGGCGACGACGCAGGAUUUGCCGGCGCAUCAGGCGCUUGUGCGACACCUGCAGUUCUCGCCUGAUGGGAAAUUCUUGGCCACUUCGAGGUGGGACCCAUUUACAGCCCAUCGAACUCUCGCCCACCCAUCUGGCUUUGUGGGACAGGUUGCAUGGUCACCGAGUGGAAACAUUCUCUUGACCAAGUUGAACCGGGCCAUCAAAGUAUGGACAGCGGCCGGUGUGUGCACCAAAACCAUCGAUCGACAUCGUGUAGUUCAGUCUGUUUGCUGGCUCCCCGGUGGAGAAGCUUUCAUGUCUGUUGAGGGCGGCGAUGUCACAAAACUAGAUCUUACAGGAAAGGUUUUAGACACGUAUCAUUUUGAGCGCUUGGCUAUUCAUGAUGUGUCAGUAACUCCCGACGCUCAGCGGUUGCUUGGUGUUGGUACUUUACAGUCGUCUGGUGACGGCUUGCAACCCAGCAAAUGCAGAGCGGAAAAACAGAUCAUCGCUUACAACCUGGACAAGAAAGAGAUCGAAAAGUGCGUCUGUUCCAAUACUCAUUUCUCCCUUAGUCUUGACGUGACCACACUAGCCAAGUCCCUGUUCUCCAUGAGAUCCGGGACAUCACGUUGGCACGAAACGGUCAGGUUGCGCUGGUCAGCUACGAGAACAAGGCUCCUCCUCAGCUGUGGAAACUGGAAAUGGUCAAGGAUAGGAAUAAAAAUGAUGCAACGACGACACGACUUUCUUUACGACAUACUUACAUGCCAAAGUUCCCAGUAGACUUUGCUGGACCAAGUUACUUUGGUGGGAAAGACGACCAACUAGUGCUAUGUGCCGGCAAAGCGGGGGACAUUCAUAUAUGGGACCGCGAGUCUGGCGCAUUACUGCAUCACGUUCGUGCACAAGCACUGGGAGGCGAUUUGACAUGCAUAGCGUGGAAUCCUGCCUCUGAUCCUUUCAUGUUUGCAACCGGUAGCCACGACGGUGGUGUGAGGAUCUGGACAUCGCCGCCAAGCUUUGCCAAUGAUAUGCUGAUUGCACCCCCAAGUUCACGGGGCACUCCUGGGACAACGACACCCCGUACGGAUAUUUCGCUGCCAACCUUCCAACUGGAUGUAGAUUAUAGGACGGAUAGCCCGACUACCCAAAAGGAAGGAUUUGACCUGCCGGAAGGAGGUAGGCAUAGCGAGUCGGCGCAGGACUCGGCGUCGUCUUCAAGGAGAACGAUUGCAUUCACAGCUCCCCAAGCUUUGGGUAAUAUGUAUCCUUCAUGAUCCUUAUACUAUUUUUUACGCGUAGAAUUAUGUGACAUCUAGAUGUACCACAUUUUAUGACAUCCUCUGCGAGGAUACAAUCCUAUCAGCAAUCAUGUUGCAGAUCUUUGACUU